AUGGGCGGCUGCAUGAGCUCCAACAAUGACGAGGUAGAGCAGAAAAAGAGGAGUCAGGCCAUCGACAAGGAGCUCGACGAGGACUCGAAACGACUACGGAAAGAAUGCAAGAUUCUAUUGCUAGGCUCCGGAGAGAGCGGCAAGUCGACGAUUGUCAAGCAGAUGAAGAUUAUCCACCUAAAGGGAUACUCAGAAGAGGAGCUGUACAACUACCGGCCGACUGUCUUCAAGAACCUGGUCGAGUGUGCCAAAGCCGUCAUCACCGCCAUGCAGCAGUUUGACAUCGAGCUCGAGAAGGAGGAGAACAGAGCAUACGCCGACUUCUUGAUAGACUACCAGCCGGAAUCCGGGCCGCAAGCUCGCAUCGACCCCAAGGUGGGCCUUGCCGUGCAGGCCAUAUGGAGCGACCCGGCCAAGGACCAGCUGAUGGAGCACCAGACGGAGUUCUACCUCAUGGAUUCUGCCGAGUACUUUUUCCAGGAAGCAAUGCGCAUCGUCGCGCCCAACUACUUGCCCAAUGAGAUGGACGUGCUGCGUGCCCGAACAAAAACCACCGGCAUCUACGAAACGCGUUUCCAGAUGGGCCAGCUGAGCAUCCACAUGUUCGACGUCGGCGGGCAACGGAGUGAGCGGAAGAAGUGGAUACACUGCUUUGAAAACGUCACAUCCAUCAUCUUCUGUGUUGCCCUCAGCGAGUACGACCAGGUUCUCCUGGAGGAGAGCAGUCAGAAUCGCAUGAUGGAGAGCUUAUUGCUCUUUGACUCCGUGGUCAACUCACGCUGGUUUAUGCGGACAAGCAUCAUCCUGUUCCUCAACAAGGUGGACAUAUUCAAGCAGAAGCUCGGUCGUUCACCGUUAUCCAACUACUUUCCCGACUACACCGGCGGCACCGAUGUCAACAAGGCUGCCAAAUAUCUGCUAUGGCGGUUCAACCAGGUCAACCGAGCACAUCUCAACCUAUACCCACACCUCACACAAGCCACCGACACAUCGAAUAUCCGGCUCGUCUUUGCGGCAGUCAAGGAGACUAUCCUCAACAACGCGCUCAAGGAUUCGGGCAUCCUCUAA